AUUGGGUGCAAUCAUAUAACUGGACCCGCUCACAUGUCAUUCUUACGCGAUCCCCCGUAACCAAAAACACGCUUUAAAAACAACAAACCCCCUCCCGCCUAGCAAAGCGUCCAAGCCGCCUCUAUCUCUUCAAUGUCGAAACAGCCAACCCCGUCGCCGUGUCCUCUUUACAAGCAGCGAUCCUGGACGCCUGACACCGAACGAGAAGAGGCUUGGUUACGGCGCAAGGGAAAUCGCCCAAUCACGCCCGUCAGUCGCAGCAAGAGCUUGACAGAUGAGGAUUUGCAGGAGCUCAAAGGCUGUAUCGAGCUAGGUUUCGGAUUCGGACAUGAUUCUCCCGAUUUAGAUCCGAGAUUGUCUGAUGCUCUCCCUGCUUUGAGCCUUUACUGUGCCGUUAACAAGCAGUACAACAACGUAUUAAAUUUAACGAGAUCGUCGUCGCUGUCGUCGACGAGCUCUGAUGGUAGCAUAAUUGAUCCAGACGAUGAUCCGGAGAUGGUGAAGACGCGGUUGAGGCAGUGGGCCCAGGCGGUGGCUUGCUCUGUGAAGCAGUUUUCAGGGGAACCAAGUUGAAUAUGUUCAUUAAGCAUCCAAACGCCGCCGUUUAAGCAAAAUUGGUGUACAGUUUCUUCGUCCCCGACUAGAGAUAUAUAGAUUGGUUAUUAGUUCAUGCUUUCUUUUAUUUAUUACCUUCUUGGAUCUUCUUUUUUUUCUUAAUUUGUUUUUUAUAUUGGGGGAUGAAAAAGAAAAUUUUAAAAAAUGGGGUGAUGAUUUUCUGAUCUUUGAAUAUAAAUGAAUUGCGAACACACAAUUUGAAAGAAAA